AUGACUUCGGUAGCAGCAGAUUGGACAUCAAACACACUGACGGCUCUGACCGUACUGGACAUCGCCACCUUUUCUUCAGCUGCGGGCUCUGACCGCUUUGGUUGGAUCCGAACUCGUGAACUAUCGUGCACUCAUGGCGUGAGUCCGCGGUACCUCAUGGGCAACCAACAAGCUCGGAAGGUCUUGGCGAGCCGCGGAUCCGGCAGCACGUUGCCGAUGAAUGGCAGCCUCGGACCGCAUGUGGGCGCCCAAAGUGGACCGUCGGAACAGCAGAGCACCAGCGUGUUGACGGACUCAGAGAAGGAUGACUGUAUUCCUGUGGUUUUCACUUGGACCCACGGUGGUCAGAACGUCUUCCUCGCGGCCUCGUUCAAUGGCUGGAAGGACCAAAUCCCCAUGGUGAGAUCUGGGCAGGAGUUCUCCGUGGUACAGGAGCUUCCCAGAGGUGUUCACCAGUACAAGUUCAUUGUAGAUGAUCAGUGGCGAUUUUCGCCAGAUCAACCCAGAAUGCAGGAUAGUUCAGGAAACAUGAACAACGUCCUGGACAUUUCAACCUACCAGAAGUUUCAAAUCACCGAUGAUAAGGAGACCCCUGGCAAGUUUGGGCAGCAGAUCCCUGAUCCCAAUGACUACACCUUGGAUGCGCCUGUAGUUCCGAUGGUGCUGAGCAAGAGUAUCUUCUCAGCGAUUCCCACCCGGCUGAUGCCUGGUCAAGGUCCCAUGAACAUUCCAAUCCAUUGCCUUUGUGAUCACAUCUACUUGAAGGAUCGCAGCGAAGAUGCCCCCUUGGUGGUGUCCGUCACGCAUCGCUACGGGCAGAAGUACUCCACCACCGUCUACGUGGCCCGGAACAGCUUCUGCGGCACCGCGACGGAGCCCAAUGGGCCCAACUUCCUGAAGGCAGCGGUGCGGCGCGAUCAGACCUUCUCCGCGUGA